AUGUCGACCUACGAAAUCGAACACAACACUACCGACCCCUCAACGGCCCCAACCGCGCGCCGCCGCCGCCCCGACCUCUCCACCUUCUUCUCAACCCUGUCCCAGAUCACUCCAGCUCCCGACCACAGACCCCAUGCAGUCCCCGUCCCAGGAGAUGUGAGCGCAGCAUUCUUCUCUCUCGCAGAGGCGUUGGAUAUGAUGCGUCGCGAGGCCGAUUCAGCGCCGCGCCCCGACGCGCAGGAAGGCACCGACUCAGAUACCGGUCGCGAUCUGCUGACCACGAUGAUCCAGUCGCUGCUCGCGCAGGCGGAUAUGCCGCCGCGGAAGGUGGAGGGUGUUGACGAGGAAUUCUGUGAUAUGCUCGAACGCGUCCCAAAAGCAUCCCUCAAAAGCUCCGAUAACUGCCCUAUCUGCAACAACCCCUUCGUGGAAGAUCCCUACCCGCUCGUCGUCCAGCUGCCCUGCCACCCGACACACCGCUUCGAUCUGGAAUGUGUGCGGCCGUGGCUGCGGCUGCGCGGGACGUGUCCGCUUGACCGUGUGGACUUUGCACAGCAGCAGAGAGACAAGGCGGAGGCGAAAAAGAAGCUUGUUGAGGAGGAUGAGGAGGAGGAAUGGGAUGCCUAUCCAACCACCCCAAUGUCUCCCCCGCUGGAGACUCUCGCGCUUGUCUUCUUUUUUCUAUUACUGGGAAUGACCGUCAUGAUAAUGAUGAUUCUUGUCAAGGAGUGGACCGAGUACCAAGCUAUGCAGUUUUGGCCGAAACUGCGUAGUACUCGCACUCUCGAUCUGGAGUCGGGCCUUUAUUUACUAAGGGACGUAAAGGAACUGACAUGGCGCGUUGAGCAGAUAGAAACUGAUUUUGGUCGCAAGAUGCACCUCGCUGAAUACUUGUGUGAAUACCAUGAUCAACCCCCAUCUGCUUAA